CCGAGGAGUUAUCUCCCUCACUCAGCGAUAUUGUUUACAAAUGGCUGUUGUUGCUAAAUAGAUCAAUUGACACGGUGAAAUAAUAUAACCCCAAGAAACACAGCACUUGUUGACCUACACACCAUGGCUAACGAUUUGAUCCGCCCCGCAGUCACCCUUUACAGGGAAACGGACCCUAAAAUUGACAUGAUGGCUCCUGUUACAACCAUGAACAGAAUAGCUCAGGUGGCAUGCGAAAGAAUAAUUCUGAUGAUGAAUAACACCGGACUCGUGAAGGAGCGCCGCCUAUCCAGCAUGAAUCAAGUACUAACGUACCUAAUCGGAAGACAUGACGACGUCGGUCUAUCGGGUGACCGUGGCGACCUCUAUCGUCGAAAACUGGCGGAACAGAUCUUUUUGGCAUUCGCCAUCAACGGAGUUGAUCACAACAACGUAGUAGUGAUUGUAGAAAGCGCUAUUCAACUGGAGCAGGAAACAAGAAGAAUUUUGAUGGGUAGUGCUAAUACACGUUUCUCCGCCCCAGGAGUUCGCAUUGAUGAACAAGUUUUGAAUAUUUUGGCCCGAAUCGCCGAAAUCUUCUAAACAUUAGAGGCUGUUGGUUUUUUUUUUAUUUAUGCGACAAAAUUUGUUGCCUUUAAAAUGAGACUCUACGCAAAAUAAUGAAAUGAUUGUUAUAUUUUUUGUGUUAUGUUGUUUUUGUCAGAUUUUAUGUUCAUUCUAAUUGAGAAUUGUGUGAAGAACAUCCAAGAAAAUAAAAUGUAACGAUAUA